AUGUAUGACAAGAUGAAACAUUCAGUCCUUCGUCGCCCCUUCUUCGCAGACCAUCUUCGGUGGGAUGCUGGGAAGAACAGCAAGACGAUCGUCAUCGAAGUCUUCGAGUUGGUGCAGGAGCAGACAGGCUCGCCGGUGCAGGUGGGGGUGGAUGUGGUGUUGAACCCCUCGACAUUGCCUGUAGAGGGGGCAGACAAAGCAGUGAAGACUGUGCAGGGUGUGCUGUUGGGAACGGCAAGCUCAGUCCCAUUUUUCAGCUCAAUCAACAUCAUCAAGCUCGUCAAGGAUGUGAAGUGGCUUUGCGCUGAUGCGAGGGUGGCUUCGGUAGUCAUAGCAUCCAGCGAGGGCUUGGAGCUUCUGAGUGUGAAUGAGCCAAGGCUUGUGAAGCUGAUGGCAAAGGAAAUGCCACUCGAAAAAGCCAAGGAGUACCUCCAGCACAUCCAUGCCAAGGGCUACACGGAAGAGAUGCUCAAGAACAUCCCACGAACCUUCGAGAGCCUUCAACAGUUCAAGAUAGCAGAGGACAAGGAGGACUUUUGCCAGAGGGAGAUGGAGGUGUGGAAGGAGCGAGUAAAGGAAUCCAAAGGGCACUGCUCCCAAGAAGGCAAGGAUGGAGGUCUGACAGCCGCCAAAGUCUUCUACAGCAAAGCGCUUGGCGGAGACGUCGACUAUGACGACAUUUGCCAGCACUGCAAAGACAAGCAGAACUUCAUAGCGAAUUUCGUGAAACCCAACCUCUUUACCCACACAGCAGGUGCGAAGUACAAGUUCCAAUUCGAUUGUGUAGCCGAGGCAGCAAAGAUUGUGUUCGGCCCGUGA